CUUCCAUAACUGAUUAUUACAACAUGUUUGGUCAAUGAUUCUGGUAUAUAAAGGACAACAAUCACCAAGUAGCACAAGGAACUCGCCAUCAUAGAAAGACACAUAGAACCAACAAACAUGACACCAAUAGUAUUGAUCUGUUUAGCCCUUUUUGGACUCGUGGCAUCGGAGGCCGGAGAGAAAGGAUAUAGUCCCAAAUAUAACCUGAAAACAUAUGGAAACCCAUUUGGGCCAGGUUUGAUUGGAAGUAAUGCAUUUCAAGGAAAUGGUGGAUUCGGAUAUCCGUCUUAUGGCAGAUUAGGUUAUGGAUAUGGAGGAUUUGCCAACAACGCACAUGGUUACGGUUCACCAUUAAACAUUGGUGGUUAUUCUGGAAUCAAUGGCUAUAGUGCACAAAGUGGAUAUCCUGGAUACGGGUUCAAGAAUGGAAGGGGUUUGAACGGAUUAGGUGGUUAUGGAAAUUACGGCGUAUACGGUAAUGGAAUAAGACCUUUCAUGGGUUAUGGAUACGAUCAAGGACUUGGAGGAAAUGUAUAUGGAGCAUAUGGCAUUAAUGGGGCAUACGGUGUUAAUAAUCAUGGAUCUUAUGGUAUUGACGGUAUUGGUAGUUUGAAUGGUUUUGGAUCAUAUGGUGGUUUGAAUGGUUUUAGAUCAUAUGGUAUUGGUAGUUUAAAUGGUUUUGGAUCAUACGGUAUUGGUGGUUUGAAUGGUUUUGGUAUUAACGCUAAUGGUGGGCUCACUAAUGGAAGAAACAGUUACAGUGGGUUUGGCAGUUUUGGUAAAUUUGGAGGUAAAAAAGGAACAUAUUAAAAUCCAUGGAGGCAUUGCAGAAUUGUUGGCGAUAUUCUACAAAUUUGUUUAUUUUGUUUGUAAUGGUUUAUAAAUAA